GAUGUCUGCGACCUUGAAUAAGAAAAGUAGUACCCCUGAUGUCUCUAAAGUUCGAUGUCAGAAGUGUUUGGAAUACGGACAUUGGACAUACCAGUGCAUUGGCAAAAGGAAAUAUCUUUACAGACCAUCACGAACAUCACAAUUGAAGAAAAAACUUAAAAAAGAGGAUGAACAAAAAAGAAUUGGUUUACUUAAGGAAAUGGAAGAACAGAGAAAGAAGAUAACAAAAUCUGAUGAUGAAAGUGACAAUAGCUCAUCUUCCUCUUCAUCAUCAUCCUCCUCCUCCUCCUCCUCAUCAUCUAGUGAAAAUUCCUCGGAGUCUUCGAGUGAAAGUGAAUCUUCCAGUGAAAAUGAAGUUACAAGUUCAUCUUCAUCAUCAGAUUCAGAAAGCUCUUCUAGCAGUUCCAGCUCUUCAUCCAACUCUUCUACUUCGUCCAAAUCCACAGCUAGUGUUAAAGCAAAAGUAGUAAAGGAAAAGAGAACUAAAAACCCCAAAAAAAGAAAAAACACCAUGGUUAGAAAGCUCAAGUCACUAUGAAAUACAUUAUGUAAUAUACACUUCCUUCUUCCAUGUCAUCGGCAUAUUUCACAUUAGUAACUGGUUGAUAUUAGGACAAUUUUGUCUUUAUAAAUUCCCUUUGUUCUGUUUAAAAGCCUGCCUGGAAUAAAUAUUUUGGUUUUUGUGACCAAGCUGUACUAAAGAAUAUCAUCAUUUCCCAUACAGACAGUUAUCUAGAACUCCCACAUUGAACAACAUCCAUUUUAAACAGAGACAAUGCUUAACCUGGUAAACCAGAAGCUGUGCAAUGGGCUUCACUAGAAGAGAGAAUAUUGGCACUAGAGGUGUGGAAAUGAGAAACUCCAGAUCUGAAACUAAGGCAGUGGCCAUCUUAUAGGCAAGCUCUAUCAGAGUAAGUGUUAUGUAUAUUGCAGAGAAUGAAAAGGAUUUCUCUAACAAUUGAAGCAAAGAUAUUGUAGAAUUAUUGAUAACUUCCUGGCAUUAAAAUUAUUAUAAAGACAAGGUAUUUGUGUAUGUACAGCAAGAGUUUCCUUGGUAUGCAGUUCCUGUUUUCUUGGAGCGGUGAUAUCAAACAGUUAUAGGACAGCUAGAAUUUGACAGCUUUCUACAGAGGGUUGAGUGUGUUAUAUUAAAAUGAUUUUGGUACCUACCCACAUGUUAUAGCCAAUGUCAUCAUAUCAAGUAAUUUUUACAAUAACCCUGCAACACAGUUUACAUUGCAGAAGGCUUGGGUUGUUAUGCUUAAAGUACACCACUCCUCCCUGCAUGCUUUCUAUAUUCAAUAUAAUGUAUGAAAUCUAUAUAAGAGAUAUGUCUAGUGACUCGACCAGUGUUUCUUUGUACGGAAUACCAUAAAUACUAGUUUUCAUUGACUGCUUGAGCUAUGCAACAGUUGCAUGAGUAUGUUGUGGAAGCAACUUGUGUACAAGUGACUUGUGUUUCUUUUCCAGAUGGAAGGUCCAAGGCUUUAGCCAAAGUUACCCACUGAAAAUUCUUCACACCAUGACUUAUGAAAGCCUAUAACUGUGACACAUAUUCCAGCUGUUCAGUUAAAAGUAGUUACAGCAGUUACUGCUGAAUGGCUGCCCUCACCUUGAUCACCAGUUCUAAAUUACAUAUGGCUGAGCUUGAAAUUUGAGUCAGCAUGGUUCAGUGGCUUUGUGCUUUGGACUCGUAAUUGGAUGUCGUGAAUUUGAUGUCGUGUUGUAUCCUUGAUACUCUACCCCAGUUAUUUCAGUCUACCCAGCUUUGUGAUGGGUACCAGCUGUUAGUUGGGGGUUAACUUGUGAUGGACUGGCAUCCCAUCCAGGGGAGAUGAACGUGUCACCAUUUUCAUCUACUUGUACCAGUUAAACCAUAGUUCAGAAUCAUACCAUUUCUGCCAUCUUGAUGUGAGAGGGAUUUGAUGUUGAUGCUUGAACCUUAGUGAGCUCUGACCUAUCGCACAAGGUUCCAUUCAGUUUGAAAUCACGAAAAUAUCAAGUGAGUGUGAAAAGAUUCAAAACAGCUACAUAUAUUUUUUUUUGUUGUUGUAAAAAACAUACAAAUAUGGAAUAACUGUUGAGCAAAGAGUUAAAAAAGACCAAAAGAAAAUUAAGUUUUUUAUCUUAUUAUUAGAAAGUUGUAAUCCAAACCCAGAUGAAGAACUUAUGACAGAGAAAUAUGUCAGGUUGAUCAAGUAGACACUCGUCUCAAAUCUUUUGUUAUUUAUGUUCUGUUUUGUAUGAGUUUUUUUUUAUAAUGGAGAAUAAACUCAUUGCUGGAA